AGGGGCAUAAUGGUUGGGUACAGAGAGAGAGGGCAUGUCCGAGUGAAAGACACAAGUUGUGAUUGGCGUAUGUGAAGUGUAACGUAGUGGGGAGGAGUGCCAUUCUUUGGAAGUUGGCAUUAAAGGAGAAAAAUCUGUCGAUUUCCAUAGGCUUAGGAGAAAUGGAAGGAGAGUGCCCAAGACAAUGGAUGCAUUGACCACAGAUUUGGAUGACUUUGAAUACUCCGAAACAGCCUCGUCUCCUGGGAUGAUUCCCAUUGAUCUCUCUUCUUCCACUUCUAUUGUUUCAUUAAGUGAACGCCUGCACUUCUUCUUCUUAUUCUUCUGCCUUGAUUUCUGAACUAAAUUGUUGACACACCAAAAAAAGAGAGGAGGAAAAAAAAAAAAAAAACUAAAGAAAACUGUAAACAGAGUUCACCCAGAUCGAUUUCAGUGCCCAAAAUACCUGAUUGAUUAUUGGAUGAAUUUUCGGUUUCUGAGAGAACCCAAUUGGAGUACUUUAGUGGGCUCUCGACUGCUUAUAGGGGGUUUCCAUUAAGUUACUGGAUUUUCCUGUCCUGUUGACUGAUUCUUUUUGGAAGAACUCUAGUGAAGAUCUUGGGUGUUGGGAUUCAAAAAGUUCGCUGGAUCCUUGAAGAUGUCUGGAGUGCAAGAUCAACUAGAGAUCAAGUUCCGUUUGACCGAUGGAUCUGAUAUUGGUCCUAAAAGCUUUUCUGCCGCUACCAGUGUUGCAACCUUGAAGGAAAAUGUCCUUGCUCAAUGGCCUAAAGAGAAGGAGAAUGGUCCAAAGACCGUGAAAGAUGUCAAGUUAAUAAGUGCAGGCAAAAUUUUAGAGAAUAACAGAACAAUUGGAGAGUGCAGGAGCCCAUUAUGUGAUAUUCCUGGUGGAGUUACAACCAUGCAUGUUGUUGUUCAGCCACCUUCUUCAGAUAAAGAAAAAAAAGUGGCGAGCCAACCAAAGCAGAGCAAAUGUGUUUGUGUUAUACUAUGAUUUGCAAUUUCCAAGGGUAGUUUUGGAGCUGGUUUAGAUAGUGAAGUUGGUGAAUCCCUGAUGAGGAGAGGCAGUUGGCUGAUGCACAUUUAUCACUCAUUGUGUUUUGAUCCAGGUCUAUGCCUUCUUCGUAUAGAUGUUGCUUUUCACUUCACUUCUACUUGGUAUACCUUUUUUUCUUUUUCUUUCUUUUUUUGGUUAAGUUGAUUGGAUGAUGUGAUUAUGUUUUUAUUAUCCCAGUCGUUUAUGUUGAGCAAUGUGUCUCCAGUUGAGCAUUUCUAUUAAGAACACUGGUGUUGAAGAUUAUCUUGAUAGUUGCACAAACCGACUUCCUACUUCAAUUGGAUUAUGGUCACAUUUGGAAA